CCCCUUAUAAACACCCAGCUAAAAGAAAACAAAAUGGAAAAUAAAACACGUCUUCUAUAAUAAAAAAAGCAAAUUAAAUCCAGAUUUCUUUUCGGACGGAACUUUUAAAGGUUCAUUAGGAUCCCCAGGCUACCAGUUAGAAUGAUUUUCAUACUUCUACGCAUUUUUCGGAAUGGUUUCCCAGAUCCGGCAUCUCGUACUUGUUCGCAAGCGAACCCGCGUGUUUACCCAGAGAAUCCACUUCCUCCAGGGUACCUAUUCUUGAGUUUCAGGGAGAAGAACUCCCGAGAGAAGUGGGCGUGGUAAUCAUAAAACCGUAUUCUUGAAAAAAUAUCGAGAGAGGGAGCAAGGAACUGGAGAGUUCCCGGGGAGCUAAACGUUCUCUUACUAUAAAGCCAGGGAGAAAGCAAACGUCACCUAACUUAACCCGUUUUGACAAUGGCAACUGACAUUUGACAUUUUCUGGAUUUGUCAAUUUUUGUCUUUGGCUUGGUCGUUAGCAUAGUCGUUGGAUUUUAAUGUUUAUGUUUUGUAUGUGCAAAUUCGGAUUUAAUUUAAUUUAUAGUGUACUUUUCGUGUUUUUCUGUUUUCGUACUUUAUUUUAGUUUAUAGUGAACUUUUCGUACUUUGGUGGACUUUUACAGACAUUAUAUAAAACAUUAAUUGUGUUGUUAGUUUGUAGCUGGUAAGUUGCUGUCUAAAUCUUAUUUUAAUACAUAAAAAAAUCUCUCUAUAUAUAAUAAAAUUAUCCCUCUAAUAAGUAAUACCAUCAUGUCAUUUCAGGUAAAAUCAUCCAAACCAACCUAUCUUUAGACUUACUUAAACCUAAAAUGGAUAAUUUUAAUUUAAUGUUAUGGAACGAAAUUAUAAAUGAAGAUGUUGAAGAAGCUGUGGCGGAUUUGGCGAUCGGCAGGGAUUUUUUGCCCCAAUCAGAUGCAUUUAGUUUAUGAGACAUAAAAUUUUUACAGAUAUUCAGACUUGAUAAUCAGCUCUGUAGGGAUGUAAUUAACAUGGUCACCCCUUUUUUAGCCCAACCGACUAGAGCCUCUUGUUUAUCUAUACAAACCAAGGUAUUAGCGGCUUUGCGAUUUUACGCUUCUGGAAGUUACCAGGAAAUUACUGGAUCGAACAGUUUUGUGGCCAUUAGCCAACCAUCAAUUAGCCGAGCAAUAAAUGAGGUCACAAAUGCACUAAACCAGCCUGAAAUUCUCAAUCAUAUUAUAAGGUUUCCUCAAACCAUUGAAGAGCUGCAGACUAUUCGAACCAGGGUUUAUGAAAAGUACCAGUUUCCUGGAAUUAUUGGGUGCAUUGAUUGUACUCAUGUGAGCAUUGUGGCCCCACAGACUAACGAUGAGCAUGCUCCUGAGCAUGUCUAUGUAAAGAGGAAAAAUUAUCAUUCGAUUAAUGUACAGCUCAUUUGUGAUGAUAAUCUUAAAAUUUUAAAUGUGAACUCAAGAUUCCCAGGUUCAACAUAUGAUUCACAUAUUUGGAGAGAAUCUGUAGUUUCCAAUUUAAUGGAGCAGAGUUAUAUAGGAGAAUACCUGAAAAUCCUUUUAUCUUGUUGGGCGAUUCAAGGUAUCCUACUCGUCCUUGGUUACUGACACCAAUUUUAAAUCCACAAAACCUUGGACAACUAAGAUAUAAUGAUAGAUUGUGUUCCACAAGAUCUAUCAUUGAACGGUGUAAUGGUGUACUUAAAAACAGAUUUAGGUGUCUUUUAAAAUAUCGCUCUUUACAUUACCAUCCAACAACAGCAGGAAAAAUUGUAAAUGCUUGUUGUGUCCUACAUAACCUAUGUAUAGAAAGAAAUAUUCCCGAGAUAGAUGAACCCCAUAUUCAAGAGCCUGAUUAUGGCAUAUACAAUAACCGAAAUAUUGUUGAUAAUAUACCACAGCCAGUUAACCGUGAUUUGAUAGCUGCAAGAGAUUUACAACAAAAUAUU